AUGGACGAUCUCUCUGCUGUCGACUUUGUUAUCGAAGCGGUUCCCGAAAUUCCCAAGCUCAAGUUCGAUAUUUUUGGCAACCUCGCAAAGAUAUGCCCAAAGCACACUAUUCUUGCGACAAACACGUCUUCUAUCUCCAUCACCAAAAUCGCAGCCGCUACUACCGCCGACCCCACCGAUACUUCAGCUUCGUCCCGCGUCGUUUCGACUCACUUCAUGAACCCUGUGCCCGUGCAGAAGGGUGUCGAGAUUAUCAGUGGCCUGCAGACGAGCAAGGAAACACUCGAGACUGCCGUAGAGUUUUGCAAGAAACUCGGCAAGGUGACCUCGAUAUCUGCUGACACACCCGGGUUUCUGGCUAACCGCAUUCUCAUGCCAUAUAUCAAUGAGGCUGUCAUCUGUCUCGAGACAGGUGUCGGAGACCGCGACUCCAUUGACGCCAUCAUGAAGAACGGAACCAAUGUUCCCAUGGGGCCUCUCCAACUCGCUGACUUUAUCGGACUUGACACCUGCCUGGCCAUCAUGAGGGUGUUGUAUAACGAGACUGGCGAUUCCAAGUAUCGCCCCAGUGUUCUUCUGGGCAAGAUGGUAGAUGCAGGCUGGCUGGGCAAGAAGAGCGGCAAGGGCUUUUAUGACUACUAA